AUGUACUCAAAGACCAUCAAAUACAGUCCGCAGACGGAGAAAUUGUUGACGCUAGGAGCUGGCUGUUUCUGGGGUACUGAACACAUCUUUAGAAAGCAAUUUGGCAACAAGUUGCACGACUGCAAAGUGGGCUAUGCCAACGGAAUGGAGUCGAAAAAGGACUCGCCCAGCGGUGUCUCUUACAAGAAAGUCUGCCAGGGCGAUACGCAGUUUGUUGAAGUUUUGCAAAUUGCGUUCGACCCAAAAGUGGUGUCUUUAGCUGAACUGAUGGACUUUUUCUUCAAGAUCCACGAUCCAACGACAUUAAACUCCCAGGGUCCAGAUACGGGGACACAGUACCGCAGUGCCAUUCUCACACAUUCUGCAGAAGACUUGGAGGAAUGUCGUGCGCUAAAGGAAAAAUGGCAGCCCAAAUGGCACAACAAAAUUAUCACUGAGGUCGCCAUGUGCACGAACUUUUACGACGCAGAAGAGUACCACCAGCUGUAUUUGGACCACAACCCCCAGGGCUACAGUUGUCCCACGCAUUACGUGAGAGAUUUGUAG